GUGACUCGAGUGGCCACCCAAAGAAACACAUACCAUUUCUAGUCAAAGGAAAACAUCUGUGCCUACACAAUCGGAGGCCAUGAUAUGGACAUCGUUCUAGCUACCCUUGCAAGCGCUUACUAGCCUUAUUGAUAGCGUGUCCAGGGGGCAAAUUCUCGCUCAGUAAAAAUCAGCAAAGCCCCCGUGCUUCACCAGAAAAUGUCAUCUCACAUCUGCGAGUACGAUACAUCAUGGUCCUCCCUCUGAGGCGGCUUUCUGCCCCAAGGCUCGUUUCCAGUCUCUACUUUUGCUUGGCGAUCACGUGUCUUUUGGUUAUGUUGGCAAGGAUGACUUCCAUGAGAGACGCGGCCGAAGAGGAGCCGGGCAGUUGGAUGACAACACAUGGCCUUCUAGAGCCCACGCUCAAGGUCAUGAUUGUGGGUGACUCCAUGUCUCAAGGCCGAGAGGGCGACUGGACCUGGCGUUUUCGUCUCUGGGAGUGGUUCAAAGACCAAGGCCUUCCUGUAGACUUUGUAGGGCCGUAUAAUGGCACAGCACAGUCGGACUUGCCCUCGCUGCCGGCAACGCCCUCGAGCAAUGAAGAGCCGCAUUGGACGAGUGAGAUCAGAACGAGUGGAGGAUACGCAGCCGGUGUGUCGCAGGACUUUGAUAAGGACCAUUUUGCGAUUUGGGGUCGCGCCGUCGCAAUAGAUAAAGGACUAAUAUACGAUGUUCUCGCUGCCUACCCUGCCGACUUGAUACUUCUGAUGCUGGGCUUCAACGACAUGGCCUGGUUCCACAGCGACGCUGCAGGUACUGUGGACAGCAUGCAGACAUUUAUUUUGAAUGCCCGUGCAGCUAAUCCGAGACUUAAAUUUGCUAUCGCAAACGUUCCCCAGCGAACCUUUAUCAGCGGCCGGGAAGAUCUCCCCGUUAGCACUAAUACAUACAAUGCAUUAUUGCGAGAGGCGAUUCCCGGAUGGACCACCCUGGAUUCACCAGUUGAACUGGUCGAGCUCUACGAGAAUUAUGAUUGCGCGCCGAUAGCGUGUCCAGUGGGUUAUGAUGGCCUUCACCCAAAUGCUCAGGGCGAAUAUCAGAUUGCUCGUGCAUUCACACUCACUCUGGUACAAAGUUUCAGCAUUGGGACCUUUCCGCUGUCUAUUCCUAUCAUGGCGGGCGGGCCAUUGUCUGGAUUAUCCAAUCUUCAAGGUACUGGUGGUCUUCCGCAGGGGGUACCAGACAUGAUACUAUAAACCGGCUACUUUUAUCUCCAGGCCAAUACGAACCGCCACCAGUCUCACUCCCGUCCAUCUACUGCGUCACAAAGUACAGAGAUGGGCUCCUAUGCACAUUGCAUGCCCAGUGUAUAUAGAAGGUCAUCGAGGUCAGGACAGAAUCCCGCAUGGUUCCAUUGGUGGGAACUUGCAAAUGCUAGGAGCCAUGAGCUUUCCUUGGAAAUGAUGAACCAUUUUAUAGAAGACUUCAUGUUUAUGGGAGUACUGUUGUUCCAUAGUUUAGUCCUGGCUUAUAUGCAUAUUUAAGAAAGCUAGAAAGUAAUAAUGAGAGGCAGCCAAGUUGAAGUAACCCACUCGGCCACACUGACAAUUGCUGGGUUGAAAAUGUGCUGUUAUACAUUUUGUCCGGCAAUCUCAGUCAGUGGAUCAGACUCACC